GCUAGAGGAAGUGCAUAUGGUAAUGGACGGUCACGGGGGGAUGAUGUCCACGUCCUCGACUUUAGCUUAUCAUAAUGUCGGGGACUAUUACCCGCGUAAGUUCGGGCCCAAGCCGGACGUGGUGCCCUCGGGGGUCACGGAGAGGAAGGUGGGCCCGAUGGACAAGCCUGACAUGGUGGCGGUGGACGUGAUCAACAUUCCGGAGUCAGAUGUCCCAAAUGUGCACAGGAAGAAGCAUGAGCAUGAUACAUAUGUUCUGGGCACCAUCCAUCCCUUCAGGAAAACCCACAGGUCCAUAUUUGGGAAACUGACACAGGAGUUCAGCCUCGUGGCCUCAGAUAGACGGUCGUGGAGGAUCCUGGUGUUCGGAGCGCUCAACCUGCUGUGUACCGGCUGUCUGCUGAUGUGGUGCAGCUCCACCAACAGCAUGGCCUUAACAGCCUACACAUACCUCACCAUCUUCGACCUGUUCAGUUUGAUCACCUGUCUCAUCAGCUCCUGGGUCUCCAUGAAGAAGCCCAGUCAGGUCUACUCCUUUGGGUUUGAGCGACUGGAGGUCCUGGCAGUGUUUGCCUCCACAGUGCUGGUCCAGCUGGGGGCGCUGUUCAUCUUAAAGGAGAGUGUGGAGCGCUUCAUGGAGCAGCCCGAGGUCCACACGGGGCGUCUGUUGGUGGGCACGUUCGUGGCACUCUUCUUUAACUUGUUGACACUGCUGUCUGUCAGGAACAAGCCGUUUGUCUACGUCUCUGAAGCGGCCAGCAGCAGUUGGCUCCAGGAGCAUGUUGCUGAUCUGAGCAGAAGUUUGUGCGGCAUCAUCCCAGGUCUGAGCAGUGUGCUGCUGCCUCGCAUGAACCCUUUUGUCCUGAUCAACAUGGCCGGAGCGCUGUCCCUCUGCAUCACCUACAUGCUCAUAGAGAUCAAUAACUACAACGCCGUGGACACAGCGUCAGCCAUGGCCAUCGCUCUCAUGACCUUUGGGACCAUGUAUCCUAUGAGUGUGUAUAGUGGAAAAGUACUGCUACAGACCACGCCCUCGCACAUCAUUGGACAGCUGGACAAACUGCUCAGAGAGGUGUCGACUCUGGAUGGGGUACUGGAGGUCAGGAACGAACACUUCUGGACUGUUGGCUUUGGCUCUUUGGCUGGCUCCGCCCACGUCCGCAUUCGCCGUGAUGCCAACGAGCAGCUGGUCCUAGCCCAUGUUACCAACCGCCUGAUGCCGCUGGUGUCCACUUUGACAGUGCAGAUCUUUAAAGAUGACUGGAGCCGACCCCUGCUCUCUGGGGCUCUGUCCUCUCCCUCUAUGUCUCCUCUUGGGCUCACGGAGGGGUACGGCCCCCUGCCCUCUGUCACCUCUCUGGAGCUGGACCCUCUGACCUCCACCCCAGCCAAACCCACCAGCCCCCCUCCAGAGUUCUCCUUCAACACCCCGGGCAAAAAUGUCCAGCCUGUGGUGCUGCCAGCCCCUGGACACCACCUACAGCGGCCCUACAGUGUGGGCUUGGGCUACACAGGCUCCUCCUACACAGGGGCCCUGGGACAGGGCCUCACCCGCCCACUGGGCACUAUGGGCUCUCUGGGCACUGGGGGCACUGGAGGCAUGGGUUUUGGGCUGGGGGCCACCUCUCAGAGCUACAGAACUGCUUAUGGAGGGCCCACUGCUCCUCUUAGGUUCAGCGGCUCUGCUCCUCUGGGCCCACAGGCUCCAUACAGACCAUACAGACCUUGAACAUGGACUCUAGUGUUUCUAAUGGACACACAGUGGACUUAGUGCUAUUUAUUUGGGUGCAAGGGGGACCUGAAAAGACCUGUGUAUGGAUUGUUCAAUGCUUUUUGUCUUUUUUUUUACCGGGAUGUUGCGAGCUGAUCUCAGUGUGAGGUCUGACAUAGCUUUGUUAUAAAGGAAUCUAUUUUUAAGUGAGGCGCUACAUUCCCCUGUAUUCCUCUUUAUACUCUAUACAAUCAUUCCAUCUCGUUUGAAUAUCACCUGCUUCACUAAAACAGGGCUUUGUGACCAAAAUAUGAAGCGGCACACACUACUCCUCUUGUUAUAGAGAGACAUGUACCUAUGGUUUUAAAUGCAUUACAAUGUGCACAUCACAUGUUUUUAUUGUAAGUAAAACUUUUUCUCUAAACUCUG